AUGUUCGUUCGUGUUGGUUCUUGGGACGAGAUGGGAUGGAUGGGGGAUGGGGGAUGGGGUCCGGUAGGAAGCGCACGGCAGGGCGGUACAAACGGCGAGGACACCAAGUUGAAGCCUCCCGUCGGAAUCAGUGGCGACUUUAUGAGUUGCGAGCAGCAGGUCGGCAAGCAAGUAUACGAGAUGCGCAAUGGAAUCACGGGGCGGCCACAAGCAAGAGACAACCCAAGGCACGGCCCGUCCUUCGUUGCCCUCGGAGCUUUCGCCACGUGCCGCACAAAGCACUUUUGGCUGCUAUCACCAAACACGAACCGCCUUCUGUUCAACCGCACCUCUGUCUCUGCUACCGUUGCUGCUGUCAUCGCCGUCAUGGAUGUCCCGAGAUUGGAGAACAUUCUGCGGAGUUACGGCAUCCCCGUCGAUGCACACUCUCUGCAAGCCGCCCUCGAUGAUCCGGAGCAUGGCACCGCAUUCCGCGAAUGGGCGCGCCUUCACCUCGGCCCCGAUAACCUCCUGUCCAAGGAUGAACUCUCCAUGUACGGCCAGAUCGAUAAGCUCGUGUCCGGUCAGGACUUGGCCGCCGUUCAGGCUCUUGGUGAACGUGAGAUUCAGAAGGCAAUCGAUGAGCUCAAUCGCUCAACUGCCGCCAUCGUGAAGCAGACCGAGACCCUGAAGCAGCAGCAGGACGCCUUGGCGAAGCUGGUCAAGGGCAAUGCUAGGGUUCAGGAGGCUCGUUCCGACCUGGUUUUCCAGAGGACCCAAAAGCAUGAUUCCGAACGCAGGAAGAUGAUGACUUCAGUCGAAGAGCUCUCUCAAACAUUGGAGUACCGGGCUUCGGAUCUCGAGCAGCAGGCCAGGGUCUCCGGGAGCGGUCUGCAGCAAACGCUCGACACCCUGCUCCACUCCGAUGACAAGCUCCUCCUCAGUCUGCGGAAGCUGGGAUUAGAGCUGGAGACAGAAGACCCUGAAGACCGCGAAAACGUCGAAAAGCUUCGGGAGAUUUGCAUGAGACUAAUAAAGUACACCGUUGAAACGGUGCGCACAAAGCUUGACCGCCUCUAUCUAGAAGCGCUCAGCUCUGCCCACCGCGGCGAGACCGCACCCAACCCCUCGGACGACGUCAAGUCCCUGCAGGAUGAGCUGGAGUCUCUCUACUCCGAGAUCCUUCCCGUCGCCCAGAUGUCCGUCGAGCAGCAGUACCUCGAGCCUGCGUUGAAGUCGCUGUCGAACAAGAACGGGCAAUCGCUUGGCCGCUCCGCCGCAGCCGUCGUCUACAUCGACGAAUGUCUGGACUAUCUGCUCGACCACAUCGAGCGUCUCUAUACCCGUAUCGAGACCUUCCAGUCGCACCAGUCCGCGACGACCAACCUCGUCUCCACCGCCCGCUCGGAGCUCUCCGUUCCCGCUGCCACUCCUAAGAAGAAGACCCCAACCCAAGAGCUCGUCUCACCCGUCCGCCGACGCAACACCGGCCCCGGCUCCCCGUCCCGUCAGCGGUCAAACACCGCCAACCGCCGUUUCUCAUCUGGUCUUGACGAAUCACCCAUCGAAGCUCUUCUCCGCUCCUUGGCAGUUUCUUUCCCCGAAGACGCCGAUGGCGUAAGCCAGAUCGCCCACCUUUCUGGAAUCCUCACCGAGAGGCAGGCAAAGGCUCGCGACGUGGGACGUAAUGCGCAGGAGUCACUCGAGGCCACCGCUGCCGCACAGCUGGCGGAUGCGAAGCUUGCCAUACAACUACUCCGUGACAGCUUGCUGGCAGAGAGCCCCUUUGGUGACGUCAGACUCGUCGACGAAGGCAUCGAGGCCUCCAUUGCCGUUUUGGGGCAAGAAGUUGAGAAGGUCAAGGAGCGCGUCGACAGAGUCGAUGCUGGGAAGGCUAGGCAGAGAAGCGAGAGGAAGAGGGAGAUUCUUGAACGGUGGAGUCGCUAG